ACACGGUACCCUAUCAUACGCCAGUCGUCAUUUCGUCAACUCCGAUAAAUUCGUAGGUAACGUACGUUGAUAAAUCUACGAGGAAAAAUACAAAAGUACAAUAGUAUUAUCUUCAAAAAGUAACGAGAUAAACGAAUGCACGCUCAAAUGAACAUUGAAAAACACCAGUUUCAAAUUAUUUAUGCCUAACAUUCUACCAUUGUUGGUUCUGUUUUCUAAUUAUCUUCAAUUAAAACAUGACUGAAAAAGUAAUUGUAAGUGUGAAAGAAGGUAAAGUGCGUGGCUUCAAAAGUAAAACAGCGUAUUCCGGAGCAGAAUAUUACACGUUUCUGGGAGUUCCUUAUGGGCAAUCGACUGCUGGUUCAGCUCGUUUCAAAGAUCCCGUCAAGGUAAAACCAUGGACUCAUAUCCUAGACGCAACUGUGGAAAAAGGAGGCUGCAGGCAAUUCGCAAUAUGGAAACAAGAGACGAUCGGUUCCGAAGAUUGCUUAUAUAACAACAUCUACACACCCAAAAUACCAUCUAAAGGAGAUCCUUUGAAAGCAGUAAUUGUGUUCAUUCACCCAGGAGGAUUAACAAAUGGUUCACCAGAUCCGUCUUAUUUCGGAGCUCCACAUUACAUUAUGCAUAAAGAAGUCGUUUACGUCUGUGUAGCAUACCGAUUACACAUACUAGGUUUUUUGAACUUGCAUUUGAAAACGUGCUCAGGUAAUCAGGGUUUGAAAGAUAUUAUUUUGAGUUUGCAAUGGAUCAAAGAAAACAUCAGCAGUUUCGGAGGUGAUCCAGAUAACGUAACCCUGAUGGGAUGUAGCAGCGGGUGCGCAUUGGUACAUUUUUUACUACUGUCACCUUUGGCUAAGGGUUUAUACCAUAAAGCCGUUCUUAUGGGCGUUUACGCGUUCUGUCCAGUCACCGUGGUUCCACCAGAAAACGCAUCAAUAGCGCACAAACUGGCUCAAUCGAUCGGUUACGACGGUCAACCAGGCGAAAACAAAAAAUUGCUCAGAUUUUACAAGAACCUCGACUCUUUUGGAUUUUUAAUGAAGAGACCCGAAUCAUUUUUCGAAGAAACUACUAUUCAAGUGUAUCCUGUAUCGCCGUUCGUGCUCACUUCAGAACCAGGAGAAAAUUCACCAAUACCACUGUCACCGGAGAAACUUAUUCCUUCAACGAAUCGUGUACCGCUAUUGAUUGGAUUUUGCGAAAAAGAAGCCAUAAUGGGUGUUGCGCAACUUCGUCAUAGUGGAGCUUUCAAACCGCUUGUAAGAAACACUUUCUAUAAAGCUAUCCGUCAGAAUCACUUUGGAUGGGGAGCUGCUUUAGAGGAAGAGGAAUUAAAACUCAUACAGAAGGAAGUAGAGAAUUUUUAUUUGGCAGGAAAUGCAAUAGAAACUGUCACAGAAUCAGUUUUAUGCGAUAUUUUAACAGAUGCUGCCUUAUCAGACGUUUACGACUCGUUGAUAAAUGAAAUCUCCACAGAUCUUCCUUCAUCAGUAUUCGUAUAUAACUUUUUGUACGACGGAAAUAUGUGCGUAAUGAAACCCAGAAUGACGCGAUUGUUGGGCAAAGAAUUACCAGGAGCUUGUCACGCUACUGAAAACUGUUAUUGGUCUUACAUCGACGAAAACAUAGGUGGUAAGAAUAUUAACCGCAUACAGCCUAAAGAUCGGCAAAUGAUAGAAACAUUCACGAGUAUGCUGACUACAUUUGCCAAGAAUUCUAACCCUAAUUAUAAAGAAAUGGAAGUCGAGUGGAAACCAACAAAUCCGGAUCAUCCUAGUCAUUUAAUCAUUGAUGAAAAACUUGAAGUUAAGGAUGGACUUUUGAAUGGCGAUCGAAUGGAGUUUUGGCACAAAUUGAAAAAUCAAUUCCAAAAAGACGGAAAAAAUUUGCACACGAAAUGCAGAGCAGCCGUGGUGAAUGGAUCAAUAUUGGGAGACAAAGAACCAGAAAUUUCCAACUAAGCAUCGUAAACUUGCCAACGGGCUUCUGAUUGACAUGUUUUUUUUUUAGGGGGAGGGGUGAAAAUACCAAUGUACCUUGUCUGAUGAAACGUCGAGUUUAAAAACAAAACUAUUAGAAAUUACCUAAAUGACUAUUUUUCACUCUUGAAGUCAAAUUUUUCUUUUCUGAAAUUUCAGGAACUUUGAUAUUGUUAUUUGUUUUUUAUAAAGGAUAUUCCCAGAUAAAAUAAUAUGUACUGUGGCAUCGCUCGACAGAUGACUGCCAACUAUAGACACUGGACCUGUCCGCUUCUCGGAGUAAGACAACCAACGGGCAGCCAUCUUGCCAAAAAACCCUGUGUAGGGACAAUUUCUCCCGCUGAGUGCUCUUGGCUGCGCUGCUGUCGAUUUCUUGAACAAACUACAUGCAAAAUACAGCGCAGCCAAGAGCACUCAGCGGGAGAAAUUGGCUCUACACAAAACUCACUACCGUCUCUUCCCCCCGUUGCCUGCGGAUUGAAGUACAGCGCAGCCAAGAGCACUCAGCGGGAUAAAUUAUCCCUACACAAACUUUCUUUACCGUUUCCAUUCCCCUCGGCCUGCAGUUGGUUGUCUUACUCCGCAGGUCCAGUGUCUAUACUGCCAACUGCCAAGUCACUGGGCAGGUGACUGCCAGCAAUACCACCUAUAGUAAAAGGCCUGAGCGCUGUUUUGUGACGUCAUCACUAGCGGGGAAUACUUGCGUAUCUAACAUAUCUUAAUACAAUAUAGAAAUGAAAGAAAAAUGCACUCAAACGAAUUAAAUCCGGUGAAAAUUUCAUUUUUCAUAUUUUAUUCACAUGAAUAAUGAAUUUAUGAUCACGUAGGAAUGAUUUAAAUGAAAAAAAUAAAAAAAUUAGGUUAUAAACAACACUGUUUUUCAACAUUAAAGAUGAAAGUUAUACAUAAACUUGACAAAAUUAUACCUUCUGGAGGAAAUCACAACACUCACUGGUGAAAUAGAAUAAAAUAAUCGUCGAAUAUUUGUUAACUUGCCAAAAUCCCACUAAAAUAAAUUGAUAUCAACUCUA